AUGUUAAUUAAUAGUAAAUCUAAUAUGACUGAUGAUAGUAAUCCAACAUCUUCAGAUACAUCGGCUAAUGAAACUAUGAUGGUUACUGAAUCUGUUACAUUUGUCAGUACUGAAACAUAUACAAUAACUCCUUUGAUGGCUUGUAAGCUUAAUGUAUCGAAUGGUUUUACUGUUAAAGUUCGAACUUCAUCUAUGUUUACAGCUCUUAUUAUUUAUAAUUGUUCAUCGAUAAAUUCAUCUGAAUUAUUUGUAUUUGUCAAUGGAUUAGAUGCAAAUAAUUGUAUUGUUACUGAAGAUAUUUCAGAUAAUAUGAAUUAUACUACUGUUAAUGUUACUUGUGAUAAUAUUAUGAAUAAUGCUGGUCGAGAUUGGACAUUUAAUAUGGGUCAAAAAUUCUCUGAUAGUCAAACUAUUUUCAAUGAAAUAUUUAUCGUCACAUUAGUACCUUUAUCUCUUAAUGGAUCUACAAGUAUUGAUGUAACAAUUAGUGAAGAUUUAACAUCAGCAUUAAUCUUUAUACCGAAUUGCACAGAUAUAUGUGAUGUAGCGUAUCUUAUGGUUCAUUGUAAUGAUUCUGAUCUAUCAAAUCAAACUCUUUUAAAUAGUUGCACACAUACAUGUUCUAAUAUUCAACCGGGUUCAAUUUAUAAUUUCUCAUUAGUUCGAUUACCUAUUCGUAUAGUAGAUAAAAUAGAAGAUGAACAUGACAAUGAAUUUCAAGAAGAAAUUCUUUAUAGAGAAUAUCAAACAAAUCUUGAUAAAGUAUCAAAUUUCAAGUUUGAAAAUGAUUACCACGAUAACAAAACAGCAUGGAUUUAUUUUAACCGUCCUCGUGGAAAUUUCCAUAAAAUCUAUUUAAAUUGUUCUAUACAAGAUCAACGUUGUUCAAAUGAUAGAAUUAUAUUAACGAAUGAAACUGACAAUUGUUCAAAUUGUAAUUUUAUUACGAUUUCUCCUAUAACAAGAGGAGUUUCAUACCAAUGUCAUGCAAUAACUAUCAAAGAAAAUUUCCUAAAUGUAAUAUCUGAUAAAUUCAAUUUCGUUACUGAUCUUGAACCAGUAAUUAAUGAAGAUGAUAAAGAAAUAUGGGUCUACAAUACAACUAGAUUCAGUUAUAAUUUAACUACCAAAAGUGAUUUUGAUCAUCUUGAAUCAAUUUGUAUUCCUGCAAAUAAUCAAUAUCCAUGUGAAACAUUAACAGAAAAACAUGAUAAAUGUGUAACAAUACUUGAAAAUGACGGUGUUUAUGGAUGUGAUUAUCAUUGUUCGUUUAUUACUAAAAAAUUGAACUAUACUAAUAAUUAUUCGAAAAACUAUACAGUAGUUAUUUUUCCUCCAAUGCCAAUUUUAAGUCAAGAUGAAAUAACAUCUCGAUCGAUAACAAUUAAAUGGAAAAUAAGUCAACCAACACAUUUUGAAUCUUUUGAAGUAAUUCGAAAUCUAACUGAUAGUGUUUUCCCAAAUAAAACAACAUUUUCAUAUACAUGGAAAGAACUUUUACCUAAUCGAGGAUAUAAAUUUCGUGUACUAAUUUAUUCACCUCGUAUAACACGUUCAGAAGCCUUAUUUGUAAAUACAUCCGAGGAAGCACCCGGAAUACCAAAUAGCACUGACAUAUUAAAUAAAAUCAUUCUACUCAAUGAUCAUUCACAAUCACAAAGUGAACAAUAUGUCAUUGAAAUAGAUCCAUCAUUAUUUUCAAAUGAAUAUGGAAUCAUAAAGCGUUAUUUGAUUUAUGUACGUCAAAAUCUAAAUAAGAAUACAUCGAUGCCAAGUUUAAUUGGAUCAUAUUAUGCUGCUUUAAACAAUAAUUCAAUUGAUUAUUUGGCUCUUAAUAUUCCAAUAUCACCUUCAGAUAAUUCUUUUCUAAAAAGUGAUGGUAAACUUCGUUUAAUACUUGGUAAUGACACAUGUCAAAAUAAUUCUAAUGCAAAUAUUCCUUGUAAUGAAAAAUUAAAAGCAGAUACUAAUUACAAAAUUAUUCUCAGUGCUUGUACAGCAGCAGCUGGUUGUACAUCUGUACUUUCAAAUUCAUUUCGUACGAAGAUCCAAAAUCAAUUACCAGAAUCAUCAAAAUCAAUCGUAUGGUUUAUUGUAAUUCCUAUUUUGGUUGUAUUGAUUAUUGCAGUUUUAAUUACAUUGAGUCGAAAACAUAUUAAAAAUUGGUGUACUGACGAAGAUAAUAUAGAUGAAAAUGGGAAAUCAAUUCAAUUACGUUCUCUCUUUAGACCGAUUAGACCAAAACCACUUGUUGAAUAUUUAAACAUAGAUCGACAAGAUGAAAACAAAAUAUAUGAUGAAUUUAAAGAAUUAGAAAAAAUUUCCCCUCACUCUCAUCAAUCAGAUAGUGAUCCUAAUUUUGCUGCUUAUGAUCGUUACAGAAAUAUUCCAGCUCGUGGAUCAUGGGAACAAACAGCAGUUUAUUUAACAGGUGAACAUCGUCUUCAUGAUUAUAUUAAUGCAAAUGAAAUCACAAGUUUUGAUAGAAAAAGAAAAUAUAUUGCAUGUCAAGGUCCAUUACAAGAGACAUGUGAAGAUUUUUGGGAAAUGAUUAUUCAAUAUAGAGUACCGAAAAUUGUUAUGUUAACAAGAACGGAAGAACGACAUCAGGCACAACCGUUACCUCUUUAUAUUUAUACAUCUAUCAGAAUAACUUUUGAUGGAGCGCAAAGAACAGCAUCAAUUUUGAUACCUAAUUGUCUUGAUAUAUCUGAUAUAAAAUAUCUUGUUUUUCGUUGUCACGAAUAUGAUCUAUCAAAUAAUACUCUUUCAAAUAAUUGUACUUAUACAUGUUAUAAUCUUGAACCAGGUGCAAUUUAUAAUGCAUCAUUAGUUCGAUUACCUAUUCGAAUAGCCGAUAAGACAGACGAUGAAUAUGAUAAAAUUUUUCAAAUUGAAACUCUCAAUGAAAUUUACAAAACAGAUCUUGAUAAAGUAAAAAAUUUAAUUUUUGUAGAAGAUUCAAUAGAUAAGAAUAAAACAUUUAUCUAUUUUGAUCGUCCAUAUGGAUCUUAUCAUCAAAUUUCUAUUAGUUGCUAUGCAUUAGAUCAAUAUUGUUUAUAUAAUAAUAUAUACUUGAUGAAUACAACUGGAAAUUGUUCUCAUUGUACUUUCAUUUCGAUAUCUCCAAUGUUACGAGGAACUAAAUAUAGUUGUCAAGCAACGACUAUGAAAGAGACUUUUACAGAUAGAAUAUCUGAUGAAUAUAAUUUCAAUAGUAGUCUUAAACCAAUAUUAUAUGAUGGAUUGAAUAACUUCAAUACAACUUAUAUUAGUUUCUAUGUAAUUCCACAAAGUGAUUUUAGUUCUAUUGAGUUAAAAUGUAUCGCUGAUGGCACUCAAACACAUUGGUGUUCAAAUUCAACAGUAGCAACGGCUGUUUGUUCAACAUAUUUGUAUUUCUUUGGGACUCGCGGAUGUAAUUAUAAAUGUUAUUUUGUAACAAAAAAAUAUAAUUAUAUAAAUGUACUUUCAAAUGAAUACCGAUGGACAUUUUUUCCGCCUACACCAAACAUAUUUUCGUAUGACAAAGGAUCACGAUGGAUAUUGAUCAGUUGGACAGUAAAUGAAUUUGCAUAUAUUCAAUCAUUUGAUUUAUUUAUAAAUCAAACUCAAAUUUUAAAUAUUGAUAACUCAACAUUUUCGUAUAAUUGUACUGAUCUAUUACCUAAUAGCAUUUAUGAAUUGUCCAUUCGACUCAAUUCAAAUUAUCAAAUUUUAUCUGAUCUAAUUUUUGUCAAAACACUCCAAGAAGCACCACCAAGACCAACUGAUUAUGAAAUUCAGACGAAAGUUGUUCCACAAGAUAAUGAUGAUGCAUCAACAGCUGAACAAUAUGUAAUUGAGAUUGAUCGAUCAUUAUUUUCUAAUGAUUAUGGUAUUGUUUUGCGUUAUCUAAUCUACAUACGUCAAGAUCAAAGCAAUAUUGAACCUUAUCCAUAUGUUGUUGGCACCUAUGAUGAAGCUUGGCAAAAUCCUUCACUCGAUUACUUAGCUCAAAUUAUUGAUCUCAAUUCAUUAGUAAACAACUUUAGUAGAAUGCAAAGAUAUGAUAAUAAAUUUCGUAUAAUAAUUGGUAAUGAAUCAUACUGUUGGUGGAUUAAUGAUUUUUCGAUUCCAUGCAAUGGUAAACUCAAACCAAAUACAAUUUAUAAAAUAAUUGUUGGCGGUUGUACGAAUGUUAAUUGCACUUAUGUACUUUCAAGAUCAUUUCAAACAAAAAACAAACCUUCGCCAUCAUCGUCAACACCAGCAUCAUGGUUAAUACCAGCAUCAUCGUCAUCGAAAGCAUGGAUUUCUGUAUUUCCUAUUUUGGCUGUUUUGAUUCUUAGUAUUGGUUUAAUCAUAUGGAAACGAGAUGGACUAAGAAGAUGUUGUAUUGGACAACAAAACGAAAUAGAUAAUAUUAAUUUAACCACUGAUGUUUUACAAACCAUCGUAUCAACAUCAUAUGUGUAUAAUUUUCAAAAAAUGAAACCGAAAUCUUUAAUUCAAUAUAUUAAUUUAACAGAUGAAGACAAAAAAGUGAUAAAUGAUGAAUUUCAAGUUGGUUAUCAUUUUUUUUAA